AUGGCUCCUGCAGCAUCAACGGAACCUGGCGAGUUCGAUCCUGAGGGAAAAGACGCGAGACAGCUCAAUAACUACGUGUCACAAAGGAUGAACUCGUACGAGGAUGUGUACGACGACCUUCUCUACGCAGCGUAUAAACAGCACUUUGAAAAGUGGACUAUUGAUGACUUCAAAAAGUCAGACAUGAUACAACUUGGCAAAUUGAUUAAUCUGCUCCGUUGCAAUGGAGUAUUCGUCAAUACAACGCGUGCACAUCUAGUUGCUGAAAAUCUGAUGAACGUACUUGCUGAAACCGACCCUCAUGUAUGGACUGAGGAAGAGGUUAUCGCUCACGUCAAGCGUGGAAAGGAGCUCAGAUCAGAGAAUCUGAACGACCAAUUCGCAGCUAUCAUAACCAUGCACCAACGACCUCCAAAAACAAGCGAAGAGAAAGCUCAACAACGGAUUCCACGAACACCAUUAAUGCCAGAGACGCCAUCACCCUUCCCAACGUUUGGACCGAAAACUAGAGCAAGGUCUGCUGCAAAUUCUGGCCUGGGAACUCCUACAACAGUCCCAGUAACAUCACAUCCAAACACAGGUCAAGCGGAUUCCAAUCAACACAUGGAAGAACAAGCACAUAAAGACUCUCUAGCGGACCUUAUUAGCACCCCACAGGCCCUUCUCAACCUGGGAAAGAUGUACACAGAUGAGUUGAAGUAUGGAGCAGAGAAGAAUGAUUCCUUCACAUGGAAGCUUCAAAUCUUCUACGAUUUGUGCCAACGUGCAUUUAUACCACCGACACAAGAAGCAUAUCACCCUGCUUUCCCGACGAUGCUGAAGGGUCAAGCGUUGCAAUACUACUAUGCAACAAGGCAGACAUGGUUACUUCACGGUCAUGAUCCCAUUACAGGACUCGGUGACCACUUUGAAGGAGAGGAGUACCACCGUGCUAUACAACAGGAAUGGAACAAUGUUAUAUUCCAAAGUGUAAUCGACAAGAAUCUGUAUAAAACACUCAGCGAAUGCCUUGAGAUAAUGGUGUCAACGUUACAACAACUUUACCACGGUCUUGACCGAGAUUUGCAAACACCGGCAUAUCAUCGAAUAAAACUUGUCGAGGCGACGCAUACACACCCAGCAUUUCAGAGCGCCACGACGUAG